CGUGUCAAAGUCAAACUUCCGGUGUAAGGUUGUUGCUGGCUUUCUGUUUGGUGUAGAUAACAGUAAAACUCAAAGGAGGUAUUUGUUCUGUAUUGUUUUUAUUUGUUGAACAUUGUGAUUCGGCGAUUACAAUUAAUACAAAACGAACCGUUCGUACUGUAAAUAUAUUUGGAUAUAAGGUGUUAUUAAGCUGCCUAAAAACUCCUGAACCGGUGUGUGACCGAAGUGAUGCAACAUGGCAGCAAUUCCUCUCAGUAGGUGUUUUCUCUCUGCACUAAGGAGACACACUGGGUGUCAGAGCCGUGCACUUUUCUCUUUGUCAGAGAGGACAGUCAACCGGGUGUCCUCUGUUGUGAUAUGUAACCACAGGGGAGCCGAGGGAAACACAAGCCUGGACAGGGGACCACCGGUGGAGUGGGACAGAAAAAGUGGUCGGGACAACAGCAGCUCUCCUCUGCUCAAGCCGGUCUCGGUGGGUUUGGGACUCUGUGGUGCGGCUCUUCUGGACAGUCAGAGAGACGAAAAAGCGAAGGACAGAAGAGUAUCGAUAUCCGGGCGGUUUGUUCAGCUCAUUCUGCCAUCAGCUCAGUGUGCUUCUCCCUUUAAACCUGACAGCCCCCGGUAUAAAUACAACUUUAUUGCAGAUGUGGUCGAAAAGUCCACUCCAGCUGUCGUGUACAUUGAAAUCGUGAGCAGACACCCAUUUUCAGGAAGAGAAGUCCCAGUGUCAAAUGGCUCUGGUUUCAUUAUCAGCAGUGAUGGUCUCAUCGUCACCAAUGCUCAUGUUGUGGCCAACAAGAGAGGCGUCCGUGUGAAGCUCACCAACGGAGACAUGUACAAUGCCACUGUGCAAGAUGUGGAUCCAGUGGCAGACAUUGCCACCAUCAAAAUCACUGCGAGGAAACCUUUACCCACGCUCACCCUUGCUCAGUCGUCUGAUGUUCGACAAGGAGAGUUUGUGGUCGCCAUGGGAAGCCCGUUUUCUUUACGGAAUACAAUCACGUCAGGAAUCGUCAGCUCUGUACAGAGAGGCAGUAAGGAGCUAGGCCUGUCCAACUCCAACAUGGAUUACAUCCAAACAGAUGCAACCAUUGAUUUUGGAAAUUCUGGAGGUCCCCUGAUUAACUUGGAUGGUGAAGUCAUCGGUAUAAACACCAUGAAGGUCACUGCAGGGAUCUCCUUUGCUAUUCCAUCCGAUCGCCUGAGGCUUUUUCUUGAUCAAGCAGCAAAAAAAAAGAAUUCUUGGUUUGGUGAGUCGGAGACGAAGCGGCGGUACAUUGGUGUAAUGAUGCUGACGCUGACACCAAGCAUCAUUGCAGAGUUGAAGUUGAGAGACCCAUCCUUCCCAGAUGUGACACACGGCAUCCUGAUUCACAGAGUGAUCAUGGGCUCCCCGGCCAACAAAGCUGGCAUGCUACCAGGAGACAUCGUGGUGGAGAUUAACGGAGUGAAGGUGAACACCUCAGAGGAGAUCUAUCAGGCCGUCCGCAGCAGCGACAAAAUCAACAUGGUGGUGCAGAGAGGACAUGAGGUGCUUAGACUCCAAAUGACUCCAGAGUUCACAGAGUGACACCUAACCGCACAAUUUCAUUUCUUAACGUCACAUUAGCCUGAUCGACAGAUGGCCACAUGAUUAGUUCAUGUACACAAGACAAGAAAACUGUGAAACCUGAUAGACUGGUCAGAUGAAAAUGUGUUUGCAGUUGAAUACUUUUUUUUUUUUUUUUUUUAUGAACGGUAGACAUAUUUUAUCAGUUCAAGUAUUGCCUGGUAUUAAACUUCUCUGAAACAUG